CCAUAUUCCAGACGCUCAGUCACGUCACGAACGCGAUUGCGCGCGUAUGUUACUCGAUUAGCUGCUCCACGUCGAUCAAAACGGCUCGAGAGAGUGUCCCUGUUUGAGCCUUUUUUUUGACGACGCUUCCUCUUUUAAGGCCGGCGACAACUUUAUGUAGCAGUCGAACGGUUUUCACGCGGUAUCGAAGAGAUAUCAUCGCUUCCUUCUCGACAUGAGUAACGAAAGUAAUAAAGGGCCACCAAGUGCCAUAACAUUCGGCUUCUCAAUAUUGACGCAUUUCCUACUGGUGGCUCCGGUGAUAUAUAUCUUGGUACUUGCCUUUGGGAAUUACAAUUUCUUCUCUUGGCAUCCGAUUUGUAUGUCUGUUGGGGUCGGUCUUCUAAUCACAGAGGCUGUCUUCAGUGUCUCCGGUGAAGCAUACAUCGCUUGGAAGUUACCCAGGCGUAACAGAGUGACAAUACACUGGAUUCUACACACAAUUGGCCUGACCCUAAUCGGGAUCGGUUUUAUUAUCAUCAUCGUUAACAAAGUCAAGUAUAAUAGAUCCCAUUUUGCAACAACUCAUUCGCAGCUGGGCUUAACGACGAUUAUACUAUCCUUCCUGACCGCUGUUUUCGGAGUCCUGGCGAACAACACCGUCUGGAUAUAUCCACACAUAAAGCCGGUGCUCAUCAAGAUCGCUCACGCUUGCGGUGGCAUCAGCAUAACCAUUCUUUUAUUGGCUACCCUCAUCACCGGAAUCUACACCCAUUGGUGGUUUAACUCCGGUGGUACCAGCACCGGAAGAGACUUGACGUUCACGUCGCUGUUUUUCGCGGGCUUCUUCAUACUCUUGAAACCGAUACUCGGCACCGUUUCGAGGUGCAGAGUCGUAUUCGGACCAUCUUCGAGCGACUCGUAAGGCCUAUCGAGAAAGUCUGACAGAGAUCUAAAAAAAGAUUUGAUCAUGUCGAGACGCGGACGAACGACGUACGAAAGUUGCAGUCCAGAAGUAAAAUGCUUAUUCAAUCGAUCAGUGAAAAAUUAAAUUGCCUUCGGAAUUAUUAAACUGAUUAAAUUUUGCUUGAAGAACUAACAGUUAUGGAGUUUAGUUUCGGCGAAUGACUUAAAUAUUCUCGACGCAACUCUUGUAAAAUACCCAACGGAACGGUGAAAAGCCAAAGAUUGUAGAAUUAAUCCCAGUUAUUUGAAGUUAUACCUUAUCGGUCCCUUCAGGGAUGUUGUUUGUAUGAAUUGAAGAAGGUGUCGUAUUAGAAAUCAAUCGUGGCGAAAACCAAUGGAUCAGAGAUCGAAUGGCUAUGUAUAUCAACACUUUAUUGAUACACACAUAACACAAAUGUUUAUUACACAUUACAAAUUUACACGUAUUACAUAUGUGCACGCAUGCAUAUGUAAAUAUAUUUGUGGAUGUGUUCGUAACAUAUACAUAUCUUUUUUAUAAC